UUUUUGAGCAAUUUUCGAAAAUCAAUCCCAAUACUGCGUUCAUCCCUUUGCCUACUCGUGGCUUCGAGCCUACGUUAAAUUGUAGGUCCAAAACAAUAGAAACAAUAAUUAAAAAACAAUAGAAACGAUAACCUCGUGAACAGUUUCCUUGUAAUGCAAAAUAUAAAUAACGUAAUAAAAAUUCCGCCUCUAUAUGGAGGAAUGGACGAGAGUUGAAUUUAAAUAUUUACAUUUAUGCAUCUUCUUGCGGGUCGUCACCGCGAUGGUCGAUGACUUGAAAAAAAAUGUCAACCAACGAGCCUCCGCGAGCGCUGCGGGCCAAACGCACCAUCAGAAGGGCCUAAAGUCGAUUUUCUUAAUAAUCGCGUGAAUUUUAUUAAAGUUCUUUGAUCAAAAACUUCAAUUUCCUUAGAAAAUCUCCCUUCAAAAAAUGGUUAAUUUUCGAAAUUGUUCUUAAAUUGAGGGAAAUUUUGCCCCACAACUAAAACAAUUUAACCCAUCGCGUAUGGGUUAUAAAUGAAUGAAGAGGUGCCAGCCCAGGCCAGUACCCCGGCGAUGGUACCAUCAUCAUCUUCUUCUUCAAAUUCGUUUUUUGUGAAUCAGUGCCAAUGAAGUGUCUCAUAUCAACCCUUUUGCUGCUUGCCAGCACCGUUUACCUCGCAAGGGGGGAUUCUGAGGAUGCCAGGGUGGUUUGCUAUUGGGGCACCUGGGCCGUUUACCGUCCAGGGAUCGGGAGUUACUCCAUGAACGAUAUCCCGGUGGAUCUGUGCACCCACGUCGUUUAUUCCUUUAUCGGGGUGGACGAUAAGAGUUGGGAUAUUCUGAUCAUCGAUCCAGAGUUUGAUAUUGAGCAAAACGGCUUCAGAAACUUCACCGCAUUAAAGAAAAAACAUCCGGACGUCAAGUUCCAGGUGGCGGUGGGGGGUUGGGCGGAGGGUGGCGAAAAGUACUCCGCCAUGGUGGCCGAUAAGGCCCGAAGGGACAAUUUCAUUCGAAGCGUGGUCAGUUUUAUGAACGAAUACGGGUUCGACGGGUUCGAUCUGGAUUGGGAGUAUCCGGGGGCGGCAGAUCGGGGCGGCAAGUUCUCCGACAAAGACGUCUUCUUGUACUUUGUCCAAGAGUUAAGACGCGCCUUCCUUAAAGAGGGAAAAGGAUGGGAGAUCACUAUGGCGGUGCCAGUAGCCAAGUUUAGGCUGGACGAGGGUUAUCACGUGCCAGAACUUUGCGAACUUUUAGAUGCCGUUCACGUGAUGACGUACGACUUGAGAGGAAACUGGGCGGGGUUCGCUGAUACUCACAGCGCCCUCUAUAAGCGCCCCCACGACCAAUGGGCUUAUGAGAAACUUAACGUAAACGAUGGGUUGUUGUUGUGGGUAAAUUACGGGUGUUCCCCGAAAAAAUUGAUCGUUGGGGUGCCCUUUUAUGGCCGAUCGUUCACUUUGAGUCAGGGUAAUAACAAUUAUAAUCUGGGUACUUAUAUUAAUAAGGAGGCGGGAGGAGGCGUCCCUGGACCCUAUACGAACGCCACUGGAAUGUUGGCCUACUAUGAAAUCUGCGAGGAGGUGGACAAUAAGGAGACCACUUGGACCAAGAAGUGGGACGAGGCUGGCAUGGUUCCUUACGCUUAUAAAGGUACCCAAUGGGUGGGCUACGAAGACCCAGAAAGUAUCCAAAUAAAAAUGGAUUUCAUCAAGUCCAAGGGUUACGGUGGGGCGAUGACUUGGUCUAUAGACAUGGACGACUUCCAAGGCAUCUGUGGCCCCAAAAAUGUUUUAUUGCACAUUUUGCACGCCAACAUGAAGGGGUACAAAGUACCCGAGCCUACAAUUAGCACUACCCCAAGGCCUGAGUGGGCGAAGCCUCCAAGCACCCCUUCUUCUGACGGUACCACAUCGGUUGGUACUUCCACCCAAUUUUCGACAACCACGGAAAAAUUAACUACAAAAAAACCUCGACCUAGUACUACUAAUAAACCAUCGACAUCGUCAUCUUCUACCACAUCAGAAUCAACCAAUGAAAUCGAUUAUCCCACUAGUUGUAAGGGAGAUUUUAUGCCACAUGUGGACUGUACUAAGUACUACCGAUGUGAUCAUGGAAAACCGAAAGAGUUUUCGUGUCAAGCCGGUUUAGUUUAUCAUACUGUAAGUAAUAUUUGCAAUUGGCCCUCGAAUGCUGACAGGCCGGAGUGCAGGCAAGAUCUAAAAUAGUUUUUUUUUUUUUAAAUAAAUUUACAAAAAAUUG